AUGGCAGUCAUACAACCAAGGGCCGUAGAUCCAGCCACCUUUUGCCAUCGUACCCUUUUCAAUGUUUCCGGCCUGGUCGCCAUCAUUACGGGCGCUGGGAGUGGUAUAGGUCGCCCUAUCGCCCUGACCAUGGCCCUUGAUGGCAACGCGCGCUUUUACCUUCUUGGCCGCCGGUUUGGCAAACUCAAACAAAGCGCUGCUUCGUUUGAACCUGCCCACGCCGUUACCAGGGUCACAACUAUUUUGCAGGUCGACAUGCCGCAAAAGAACCAGUUCGUCGCCACCGCCGCACGCAUUACUGCUGAGACGGGCUUUGUGCACCUCUUUGUCGCCAACGCUGGAGUUUUAGAGCCCAAGCCACUCGGUUUCAGCGGAUCAAAGGUGGCGUUUAUCUGGAUUCGAAAAGCCACGGCCUCGCCGUGGGCUUUUAUUCUUCCCAUUUUGAACGACAUGACUGUCUUUAUCAAAACCUCCGAGGGAAGCAUCUCGCAAGGUCACUCUGCAACCAUUGUCAGCCAUUAA